AUGGAGCCACUAUCUCCGCGAUCAACCAACAUUCCACCAAAGCCGAAAGUCGAACUGACUAAAAAGCUAUCUGUCAGGAGUAAUUCAGCUCAAAAGUCAACGUCCAACCGGCAUCAUGCGACACCCCCGCCUCCUCAGGUCAAGGAACCUGGCGCCUACGGAGAGGAAUACGAUAUUGGUGGCUUUCUAGGGAAAGGUGGAUUUGCAGUCUGCUAUGAAGGGAAACUCUCCAGAAAUGGUCGAGUAUUUGCGAUGAAAGUAGUGAAGUCAGAGAUGCAGCAGAAGAAGAUGGAGGAAAAGUUUCGGACAGAGCUCCAAAUCCACUCAAAGAUGAAGCAUCCUAACAUUGUCACCUUUCACCGGGCGUUUUCUUUCCAAAAGAACAUAUAUGUGGUGCUCGAGCUUUGCCCCAAUGGGUCGGUGAUGGACAUGGUUAAGAAAAGAAAAUUCCUUAGCCUACCAGAGGUGCGAAGAUUUAUGAUACAGCUUUGCGGUGCGGUGAAAUAUCUUCACAAGCGUCAUGUUGCCCAUCGCGAUUUGAAGAUGGGGAACCUCUUUCUUGAUCAAGGCAUGAAUAUCAAAGUGGGAGACUUUGGACUGGCCGCCCUGAUGCUAAGUGAAAAGGACGAGAAGAGGAGGAAGACACUUUGCGGAACACCUAACUAUAUCGCCCCAGAGGUGCUGGAUAAGAGCAAAGGAGGACACAACCAGAAAGUCGAUAUAUGGUCAUUGGGCGUUAUCUUCUUCGCUAUGCUAACUGGUUUUCCGCCAUUCCAAUCCAAGACUCAAGAGGAAAUUUAUAAGAAGGUUAAAUCCCUUAGUUAUGACUGGCCGGUGGACACUGAAGGCGCAAACUAUAUCCCAGACGAAGCAAAAGACCUUGUCACUGCUUGCUUGAAUCUUGCAGAGGAAAGACGACCGGAUCCUGACCAGAUCGUGGACCACCCAUUCUUCAACAUGUACCCCGGGUGUAUUCCCCGCGAACUAGACCCUGAAUGCCGCACAUCAACUCCGCAUUGGGUAACUAAGCAGAGCCCCCGAGGAGACAAUAUAGAGCCAGGAUUCAGUUUGGAGUAUGAUGCAACAUAUAGAAAGCUGAUCUCUCAUGUUACGAAUUCGAACCAAAGAUACACCAUAUGUAAGAACAUAUUUUACGCAGAGUGCGGCGUUGGAAGAAGGAGCUCCGGCGAAAUACGAAAAUCAGCUGGCAAACGGUGCGGAAAGUCGGCUUUUGCUGAGUGUCUCACAGAAGAAGAGAGAGGACUCCAGCCUGUUAUGCCACUUCCAACAGAUAGGGUUUACAGUUACUAUAUUGACAAUGGCAAGGACUGGAGUAUCGAGGAGCCAGAAGUGGAAAAUGAUUUACAGGAAGAGGAUGAUGAUGGUAACAAAACAGUUCGUGCCCGGCAGGGCACCCUUACAAAAUCUAAAGCUGCAAUGAUAGCGAGGACCGAGAUUGCCCUGGCUGCCCAACUUAAUCGACGAGAGUCAGCUCCAAAGAAUCAUGCUGCCAUGCUACGUCAACAAGCAAUUGCACCGCGUCAAGCAGCAAAGGAAAGCUCUUCAAGUAGCCCGCCAAUGGGAGUUCCUUUGGCAGCGACCGACUCUGCAAAGGAGAAGAAUCCAGCCAUAAGGAGCACUCGAAAUUUGCUCAGUGAACGCCCUAUACGCACCAGAUCACAAACUGCCCAGGCUUAUCAUGAGUCUAUGAGGGAAAAGGCACGCGCGCCCGCGGCAUCUAUGUCAAAAUCAAACUCAACCCCAGCAGCUCUAGGGGCUUUUACUAGGAAUACUUCCGUUGCAGAGCCAGAUCCAGCCCUAGCCCUUCGGGAUAUGGUACAAGAGUAUGCGGUCGAGGAGCCCACCAAACCUAGAUAUGGUAAACCCCAGGCAGACCCAGAUGCCAGUCGAACGAAGCCAAUCCAGGUAAAUUCAGACACAACUCUACGGCGUCAACAAACUCAAUCAUCAAGCACGGCCAGAGGCCCUGAAUCCCGCGUCCAAAAACCAAACGGUAGUAUCAGUAGGUCUACAACCUCGUCAUCAACUUCGUCCGGCAGUAGCGGAAAACCCCGCUCGGCAUUAGGUUCUGGGGCUCUUAUCUUACCAGAGGAUCAAUCGGAUAUAAUGCCAGGAUCUAGUGUUCAGGAAGUUAUAGCCGAUUUGCAAAUAUACCAGUCUGUCCUCCGGCAGCAGUCACCUCAGAGCUCACUUGGAAGUUCUGGGCAGCGAGUUGUUCAAUCUAAGUCACUUUCUAAAUCCGGCGCGCAUCCAUAUGUUGUUAAGUGGGUUGACUACACCAAUCGAUAUGGAAUUGCCUAUGUCCUUGAUGAGGGGAGUGUCGGUUGCGUUUUUAGGGGUGAGAAUGGCUACCCUGCGACAGGAGUGGUAGUUAGGGACGGCGAAAGUCAUCUUCGGCUGAAAGCGCGUGCCAAAGGGGACCCUGAAAGCGCUAUACCAUACUCAGAAGUUGAUCAACUUGUUCCAAGGGACGGCAAGCCAGUUGAGUUCUACGAAAAUGUAGAAAUCAACGUAGAUGGGUACUCUGACGGAACUGUCAAACGCGCUCUUCUUCCUGCAAGAACAUUUGAAACAAGAAGGUCAAGCCCUGAUAAGCCAGCGAACGUUCUUUGUACCGUUCGAAGUGCUGAAAAGGCGAACCGUGUCAGACUAGUGGAUCAGUUUGGGAAGUAUAUGGUAGGAUCGCUGGGCAGAGGAGCCAUUGAACCAUCAAAGUCAAGAGGUAGCAGUCAAUAUAUCAAGUUUUAUCAAAGGCUCGGCAAUGUUGGAGUGUGGGGCUUUGGAGAUGGUGCGUUCCAGUUCAACUUCCCCGAUCACACAAAACUUGUGCUGUACCUACCUGAGCGGAGGCCUACUGAUCCGUCAGACUUGGUUAGCUCUUGUCGAAUUGAUUUCUAUCAUCUUUCACCCUCAGCGGCCAGAUAUCUUGUUGCAAAAGGGAGAAUGCAUCCUAGUGGUUUUGACACUAGAACCGUGAUAUCAGAACCGGCCUCCGCCUACCUGUCUGCUAUUGCCGGCCUCCCCACAAGGGUUCCAGGUAUCAGUUCUGAACGAUUUAGAGAUAUCUUGGAAGCGAACUCCUUCCCCAAGAAGCUUGAAUUCAUCACUACUGUUAUCGAAUGCUGGACCAAGAAUAAAAGGCUAGGAGGAAGAGUCUCUACCUCGUCUGUCUCCAAAGUUAAUGGCGCUAUAAAAUGUACUUCGAUGGAUCUUUUCUGGGACGGAGCUCAAGAACGGUCAUGGGCUAGUGCUUCUGGAAGCAAGUUUGUUUGGGUUUCUGUCGGAGCACAAGGGGGAGAUGGCGACUACAUGUCUGUCAAGCUUCAAAUGAACCAAGCUGGAGAAGUUGAGUGUGUUGGCAUGGAAGGGAGUCCGCAGCUUGGGACUCAGCUACAGAGGUUGGCUUGA